GCUGUAUUACUUAUUUUAUUAUUUAUUUAUUUAUUGCCUCUGAACCAUCAGCGACCCCGAAAUAUACCAGCUUCCGUACGACGAGCUCGACAAUGAGCGACGACUUUCUACGCCUUGUUUCACAGGCGAAUCCUGCCACUAGACAAUACCAGCCUACGAAUAAUGGCUACCCACCAUCUUCUUCCUCGACUCCCUAUGCUAAUUCUCCUUCCAAUCCGCAACUCAUGGAUCCAUUUUUCGACGAUGACGACGACCUCGAGUCCACGUACAGUCGGCCGAUACCCAUGCAGUCACAGGAGAGUGGUUUGCCGUUAGCACGCUCUGCUGCGCCACCGGCUGGUACAGGCAAUUCUAAAGGAGACGGCUAUUCCUUUAAUGGCUCGUCCGUCAGGUCAAAGGAGAAAGAGCCUAGGACGAAGAUAAAACGGCAGUGGAAAUGGCCGUGGAAGAAAGAGAAACAGUUGACGGGAGAGAGAAUUGUCGCACUCAACAACAGCGCUGCGAAUACCGAGUUCUCCUCGAAUUUCGUUUCUACCAGCAAGUACAACCUUGUGACCUUCCUUCCCAAGUUUCUACUUGAGCAAUUCUCGAAAUACGCCAACAUGUUUUUUCUGUUCACGGCUUGUAUACAGCAAAUACCAGAUGUUUCACCAACCAACCCUUAUACGACCAUUGUUCCGCUUGCGGUCGUGUUACUAGCUUCUGCGUUCAAGGAAGUUCAAGAGGAUUUGAAACGACAUCAAUCGGACUCUGAACUCAAUGCACGCAAGGCAAAGGUUCUGGAGCCGCAGGGAACAUUCAUGGAGCAGAAGUGGAAGGACAUUCGUGUCGGUGAUGUGGUGCGGAUGGAGAGCAACGAUUUUAUUCCUGCCGAUAUGAUUCUUCUCAGCUCCAGCGAACCGGAAGGAUUGUGCUAUAUUGAAACCUCCAAUCUUGAUGGCGAAACCAAUCUGAAAAUCAAGCAAGCCUCCCCGCAUACUUCCUCGCUAACAGCCCCUCCACUCAUUCUCUCUCUGCACGGUUCCCUCCGGUCCGAACAUCCUAACAACUCUCUGUACACCUAUGAAGGAACGUUAGACCUCAUAACCAGUGCCGGUACACCGAAGCAGGUACCUCUCGGCCCCGACCAGAUGCUUCUACGAGGUGCUCAGUUACGAAACACACCAUGGGUGUAUGGUUUAUGCGUGUUCUCUGGUCAUGAGACGAAACUAAUGCGGAAUGCUACUGCGGCUCCCAUUAAGAGAACAGCCGUGGAACGGCAGGUCAAUGUGCAGAUUGUGUUCCUGUUCAUUAUCCUCCUUCUUCUGUCAAUAGGAUCGACCAUAGGAGGUAGCAUACGGUCAUGGUUCUUUUCCAGCCAACAGUGGUAUCUAUUCGAGUCGUCAUCGAUAAGUGGAAGAGCUAAGAGCUUCAUCGAAGACAUCCUCACAUUCAUUAUUCUCUACAACAACCUAAUUCCCAUAUCUCUCAUUGUCACCAUGGAGGUCGUGAAGUUUCAACAGGCUCAACUUAUCAACUUCGAUCUAGACAUGUACUACGCGAAGACGGAUACCCCAGCUCUCUGCCGAACUUCCUCGUUGGUUGAAGAAUUAGGCCAAAUCGAGUAUGUAUUCAGCGAUAAAACGGGUACACUGACAUGUAACGAGAUGGAGUUCCGAUGCUGCAGUAUAGCCGGGGUGGCUUAUGCAGAUGUGGUUGAUGAAAAUAAACGAGAAGGCGAGGACGGCAAGGACGGGUGGAAGACCUUUGCGGAGAUGCGAGCUCUUUCAGAGGAGUCUGCGAAUCCUUUUGUGGACGGAAGCUCAACUGGUGCCUCUGCGGACCAAGAAAAGGAGGUAGUCAGAGAGUUUCUGACGCUCUUGGCGGUCUGUCACACCGUAAUUCCAGAGAUUAAAGACGGAAAGACGAUUUACCAGGCAAGCAGUCCCGACGAGGCAGCCUUGGUUGCUGGAGCUGAGCUUCUAGGGUAUCAAUUCCAUACCCGGAAGCCGAAAUCCGUAUUUGUGAAUAUCCAGGGACGAUCACUGGAGUUCGAAAUUCUCAAUGUCUGCGAGUUCAACUCAACGCGGAAACGAAUGUCAACAGUUGUCCGGAUGCCCAAUGGCAAGAUCAAAAUAUACUGCAAAGGUGCCGAUACUGUCAUUUUAGAGCGUCUGAGCAAGAACCAGCCGUACACGGAGAAAACCUUAUCGCACCUCGAGGACUAUGCCACUGACGGACUUCGGACACUCUGUAUUGCCUUCCGUGAUAUACCAGAGCAGGAAUAUCGCCAAUGGUCGGCUAUCUAUGACCAGGCAGCGGCGACUAUCAACGGCCGUGGGGAAGCCCUCGAUCAAGCGGCGGAACUUAUCGAGAAGGAUCUGUUCCUAUUAGGUGCUACUGCUAUCGAGGACAAGCUUCAGGAUGGUGUUCCGGACACUAUCCAUACCCUGCAGAUGGCUGGUAUCAAGGUCUGGGUACUGACAGGCGAUCGUCAAGAGACCGCCAUCAAUAUUGGGAUGUCAUGCAGAUUGAUUGCAGAAUCAAUGAAUCUGGUCAUCGUGAACGAGGAGAAUGCGCAUGAUACUCAAGAGUUCUUGAGUAAACGUUUAAGUGCCAUCAAGAAUCAACGGAGUACAGGAGAGCUAGAAGAUUUGGCGUUGAUCAUUGACGGCAAAAGUCUAGGCUUCGCUCUGGAGAAAUCCAUGUCAAAGAUAUUCUUGGAGCUGGCUAUCAUGUGUAAAGCUGUCAUUUGCUGUCGAGUAUCGCCUCUGCAGAAAGCGUUAGUUGUCAAGCUUGUCAAGAAGAAUCAAAAGUCGAUCUUACUUGCCAUUGGCGACGGUGCAAAUGACGUGAGCAUGAUUCAGGCUGCCCACGUUGGCGUAGGUAUUUCCGGCGUGGAGGGUCUGCAAGCUGCUCGUUCCGCAGACGUGGCCAUCUCGCAGUUCCGAUUCCUGAAAAAGCUGUUGCUUGUUCACGGUGCAUGGAGCUACCGGCGUUUAUCGAAGCUCAUCCUAUAUUCUUUCUAUAAGAAUAUCGUGCUCUACAUGACACAGUUUUGGUAUUCAUUCUUUAAUAACUUCUCUGGACAAAUUGCCUACGAAUCUUGGACAUUGUCGUUGUAUAACGUUGUUUUCGCCGUUCUUCCUCCGCUCGUUAUUGGUGUGUUCGACCAGUUCAUCGGAUAUCCGCAGCUAUAUGUGCUCGGACAACAGAACGAGUUCUUUACAAAGAAAGCGUUCUGGAUGUGGUUUGUCAAUGCAUUGUAUCACAGCGUCAUCUUAUUCGGCUUCUCUAUCAUCCUUUUCUGGGGAGACCUCAAGCAGACCAGCGGUCUCGAUAGUGGUCAUUGGUUCUGGGGAAUGACAUUGUAUCUGGCCGUGCUUCUGACGGUUCUUGGAAAGGCUGCUCUAAUUUCAGACAUAUGGACAAAGUACACGGUGGCCGCCAUUCCCGGAUCUUUUGCGUUCACCAUGGUCUUCCUUCCCCUCUAUGCCUACCUUGCUCCUAUCAUAGGAUUUUCCACGGAGUAUUCAGGAAUAGUACCCCAUUUGUGGACAAACGGGGUCUUUUACUUCGUGCUCAUCUUGGUACCUAUAUUUUGCCUCAGCCGUGACCUGGCAUGGAAAUACUAUCGACGAACGUAUGCGCCUCUGUCCUAUCAUAUUGCUCAAGAACUACAAAAGUACAAUAUACCCGAUUAUCGACCACGGCAAGAACAAUUCCAAAAGGCCAUCAAGAAAGUCCGAGCUGUCCAGCGAAUGCGGCGUAAUCGUGGAUUUGCUUUCAGCCAGACAGAGACGGCCGGAAAGCAGGACCAGGCGAAGCUGAUACGAGCUUACGAUACGUCGAAGUCGGAUGCGAGACCAUCUGGGUACUAAUUGUUUGUGUAUGGAUCGGGACAUUGUAUUCUUAUAUUACACCGCGCAUUUCUAUAUUAUAUCUCCUGCUUUCACACGCAAGUUUUG